AUGAGAGUAAUGGUGGGUAUUGACGAGAGUGAUGAGAGUUUCCAUGCUCUCCAAUGGACCCUUGAUAGCCUUUUUGACGGUAUCAGUACCAGAACUGCACCCCCUGAAGAAGCCAACCAGGAGGAGGCUGGUAAUUUGCUCACUCUACUUCAUGUUCAGCAGGCUUUCCACCACUUCGGCAUCCCUGUUGGACCAGGAGCCUCAGUAUUUUACGUGCCAUAUUCGAUCGAGGAAUCGGUGAGGAAAUCACAAAAGCAAAUUUCAGAAGCAUUGCUCUUUCGUGCAUCACAAAUGUGCAAAGAUAAAUCGAUUAACGUGAAGAGUUUGAUUCUGGAAGGGGAUCCAAAAGAAAAGAUAUGCCAAGUUAUUGAGCAAACGCAGGUUGAUCUUCUCGUCGUAGGCAGCCGCAACCUUGGAAAGAUUAAGAGAGCUUUGUUAGGUAGUGUAAGUGACUACUGUGCGCACAAUGCAAACUGCCCCGUUCUUAUCGUGAAGCCACCACCAGAAACCAGUAAGUAA